AAGCUCUGGGAUUCCAAGUGUUCCCAUUUCCAUGCCAAUGUAAUUCCCUUUGAUUAUUGAGAAGAAUUUACAUUACUCUGCAUGUGCUACUGCCCUCUGGAUUUCUAUUCUGCUUCGAAAGAUGAGAAAAAUCGACGCUUUUUCUAUUUCCUCUUUUUCUUCCAUUUCAGUAUUUGAAGUUGUAAUUGUUCUCCUUAUAUCAUCUCCUGUCGUUAUACAGUCAUUUGCUCUGCCUCCUACAACCGGAUAUGGAGGCACCAUAUGGACAAAUAAUGUCCAGUAUUUAGAAUCGUGGACAGCUCAAUCGGUUAAAAUAAGUCCAGUUACAGUCAGACCUGUUCUUCUCUCCAACAAUAUCUCCUAUGGCGGUGCGAACCUGCGGUUUGGAUGUGGAUUCUUCUGCUACUCUAUUCCUUGUCACACGGGCUAUUCCUUUGCAGUUUUCUUUUUUAUCUACCAGACUGAUUAUACUGAUCCAGAUGACCUGCAGAUGGUCUGGACUGCAAAUAGAGAGCGUUUAGUGCAAGACAACGCAACCCUUGGACUCACCUCAACUGGGAACCUUGUGUUGAAAGACGCAGAUGGCACUCUGGUCUGGUCUACAAAUACAUCAUCCAAGAAAAUUCAAGGAAUAACGAUGGAAGAAAAGGGGAACUUAGUGCUCUUGAACAGCUCCAACGGAACCAUGUGGCAGUCUUUCGACCAUCCCGCUGAUACGCUCAUGGUAGACCAGAAAUGGAAGGUGGGGCAGAAGAUUUUUGCAAAUAUUUCUCCCACCAAUACAAGUCAAGGGUUUUACUAUGGAUCCUUGAAUGUGGAAGGCUUUGCUAUGUAUACGGCCCCUGCGCCCGGUCAAAUGUAUUUUAGGUAUCCAAAGGAACCCACAACGGUUAACUGUGCUUAUAUGCUGUUGGAUAAUGAGUCGCUCAAUUACUAUCCUGUCGGGUAUCCAUCGAAUCCGAUUACAGUGAGUCUUUCUGCACCUAAAAAUUGCCUCUAUUAUAAGAUUAUUUCAGAUGGGCAUUUGCAGUUUUAUUCUUUCCAGCCAAGAACUGGAGAGUCUGUAACUGACUAUUUGACAAGCUUUACCGAUGCAUUAACUGUCUGUGAGUAUCCAAAAACUUGUGGGGACUAUGGUGUCUGCAACGAUGGUCAGUGCAGCUGUCCUGAAGAGGCCAAUGUUUUUGCUCAGAUUAAUGCCUCCAAACCCAGUUCGGGCUGUCUACCACUUAGUCCUCUCGUCUGUCCAGAGACAUCUACAAUCAGUAGCAGUCUACAAGAUUAUGAGUUGUUGGAGAUGGAUCAUGUGUCGUAUUUUACUUAUUCUUAUGGAAAUGCGUCUACCACAGAGUUGGUUUCAAGUGAUGAAUGCAAAACUCUUUGCCUCAAAAACUGCACUUGCAAAGCUGCUUUUUUCAGGUAUGGUAUCUUUGGCAAUAGUUCUAGUGGUCAUUGUUAUCUGGAGUCCAAUGUCUACUCUCUGCAAAUGAACACUCCAAUUGAUACCUUUUACAAUUCCAGUGCUUAUAUUAAAGUUAAGAGAAUCUCCAUCUCCAAGCACGGCAAUCGCUCUGUUAAAGAUAUCGGUAUUGCUAUUGGUUGUGUAUUCGCUGUCCUGUUUCUCGUAUUGGGGGCAUGGAAGGCGAAAUCUGGAAAAUGCAUUACAGGGGAGAAAAGUGAUCAGCGUGAGGAUGAGGACGCUUCUCGGAACCGGCCGGCUGGAUUAACUUUUCGUUUCUCAUUCAAGGAAUUGGAAAAUGCUACAAACAAUUUCAGUUCGAAGCUUGGCAGCGGGGGAUUCGGAUCUGUUUAUGAAGGCGUUCUGUCUGAUGGCACAAAGAUUGCAGUGAAGCGGCUGGACAGAGCAGGGCAAGGAACAAAAGAGUUUAAAGCAGAGGUAGAAACGGUAGGCAGUAUUCAUCAUCUUAAUUUGGUGAGACUGAAAGGUUUUUGUGCUGAGAAAUCCCAUCGAAUGCUCGUCUAUGAGUAUCUACCAAAUGGGUCUCUUGAGAAAUGGAUAUUUCCCAAUCAUUCCGAUCAAUUUGUGCUGGAUUGGAAGACCAGAUCCAAAGUAGUUCUUCAUAUAGCGCGGGGAUUGGUCUACUUACAUGAAGAGUGUGAACAGAGAAUUAUUCAUUUCGACAUCAAACCCCAAAACAUUCUCCUGGAUGAGCAUUUCAAUGCCAAGUUCUCAGAUUUUGGGCUUGCAAAGUUGACUAACAGAGAGCAAAGUGAAGUGAUAACUAUGUUGAGAGGAACACCUGGUUAUAUGGCUCCUGAAUUGUUGAAUAUGCAUAUUACAGAGAAGGCAGAUAUAUAUAGCUUCGGUGUUAUGUUGGUUGAAAUUGUGAGCGGAAAAAGAAGCAGAGAGCUUACUGAGUUCCGCUUAUUCUCGGUAUUACAGAGGAAAGCCGAAGAAGGGAGAUUGACAGAUUUGUUAGACUCAAGGCUUCAAGAUGAAGCGGAUGUUGUAAAGGAAGAGGCAACCAAAAUGUUAGGAGUGGGGAUGUUGUGUAUACAGGAUGAUUUUAUGAGCAGGCCAGCGAUGUCAACUGUAAUAAGGGCAUUGGAGGGGACGGUAGAGUUGGGCAGUUUCCCUUUUCUUUCGUCCCCUGCUUCGAACCACUCAGUCCCGCUCUUAUCUGAACCUCAUAAUUCGGAACACUCGUACACCGCAGAGUCUUCUACAUUAGCUGGAAGAUGAUUCUAUAUUUCCUCUUUCAUACCUGUGAAUUUUGUUUGAUUCGAUUCUGGAUAUAUUGUUUACGAGUAGUAGGAACUGUUCAAUUGUUGUACUCGAUAAAGUAUCAUUUAUGAUUACAUGAAGAAACUACUAACUAGUAUAUUAUUAUGGA